CCUCACUGCCGCGGACCGCACACAGCUGUCGGGAACCAUGACACAAGAUGACGGAUACAGUUGUCGUAGAGGGACAAGUCAGACUCCGAGAGGGGAAAAAGUGGAAAAACAGAUGGGUGGUUCUACGGAAACCUUCGCCGGUAGCAGAUUGCCUGUCCAUGUUGGUGUAUAAGGAGCGUGGAGAGAAAAGUAAAGGACAGCGGGAGAGGAGUCAGGCCAUGCUGAGGGAUAUCUGUGGACUAGAGGCUCUCCAGGGCUUUGAUGGAGUCAAUUAUGCGCUCAGUCUGCUCUGCCUGAGCCAGUCUGUCAUGCUGGGCUUUGAAAACAGAGUGACCCUUCUAGCCUGGGAUGCUCGUAUCCGCUACAGCCUUGGAGAGGUCCACAGAUUCAAUGUCAAUGUCCAGCCUGGCACCAAACUAGACAGCGGCCCUGCCUCACUGCAUUUGUGCAACAACUUGCUUGUUAUUGCCAGAGACCUCCCUCCAGCUGUCAUCGGCCAAUGGAACCUGUCAGACUUAAGACGCUAUGGUGCCGUUCCUAAUGGAUUUGUCUUUGAGGGCGGGACAAGAUGCGGCUACUGGGCUGGUGUUUUCUUUCUAGCCUGUGCAGAAGGAGAACAGAUCAGUUUUUUGUUUGAUUGCAUCGUCCAAGGCAUAUCACCCAGCAGGGGGCCAUUUGGACUGCGCCCAGUCCUGCCAGACCCCAAUGCUAACCCGUCGUCAAUAGAGGACAGAAUCAGCCAGGAAGCCAGCGAACUAGAGAAACGACUCAGUAUACUGUCUAUUUGUAGCCAACACAGUAGUGCAGCCUCCACCUUCAGUUAUGGAGCCUCCUUGGCAGGAGAUGAUAGAAGCAUCUCUAGUUCCUCCUCUGAGAACAGCCACUCUGAUAACAGCCUGGGCAGCCGCCUGGCAAUAUGGCCUGAGCCAGUCAGACAUCCUACCCCUGUAGAGCCUUCGUCAUCAUUGUUAGGGCAUGCAGGUUUCAAGAACACAUCCUGUUCUGUCAGCGCAUCCAGUGACGAGCGUCUAUAUGGAGCAAUGAUGGGCGGACUCCAGCCCCCAUCCAAACCACCUCAACCUAGAGGCCUUCAAGAGGCAGGGCGCCAGAGCUCAACUGACAGUGGUAUCGCCACAGGGAGCCACUCCUCCUACUCUGGAAGCUUCUCAUCUUAUACUGGUAGCAUGGAUAUUGGGCAUGGAGAGACUUAUGAGUUUGGAUCCUUGAUAAGCCUCCCUCAAAACACCAAUUCUCAAAACUCAAACUCCCUUAUCAACACUCCAGUACGGACAUUUCCCAUCAUACCUGAGCACAGGUCAUGUGUGUGCCCACUCAGAGAGCCUGCUCAAAUGCAGGCCACCCAAUACGAGGUACCUAAUCCAGCUCUGCAGCAUUACGAUAUCCCUCGCCGGCUACAACACCACCACACUUCCAUUCAGGAAUCUUUGACUUCUGCAGUCCAGGAACUGAGGCCUGAAUGUGGAACACAAGAGGACAUCCCAGCAGAUGUCACUCCUAAACAAACUGUCCCAGUAAGAUUCAACUGGUGUGGGGAAGGAACAGCACCCCCUGAAGGCACCACCAUGCCACAACCACAGCCAACCAUCUGUCCUGAAUGUGGGGGAGGAAAGGUGGAGGAAUGGAGCAGGUGUGGGAUGAAAAGCAGUUCUGAGAAGCACAAACCUUUUCAUGAGACUGUAGCAGAUCCAAAAGGCAAUUAUGAGCACAUGACAUUCAUGACUGAUGCAUCCAGGUGGCCACAGUUCAUAUCUGGGGAGUAUGGAAGUAUGCUCGCCUUCCCUGGGGAGACUGGAUUGACAGUUAUUGACAAACUUCAAAGUGAUUCUGUUAAUUAUGUGAAUAUUCCCAUCAGUCCUACAUCUAAACGACAGCUGCAUUACAUGGAGUUGGAUCUGCAGGACCGUCAAGAGUCAAGCCAUACUGUCAGAGCGUCUGGCUCCAGCACUAAAUAUGCCCACAUUGAUAUCACUGCUACCGAGACAGCGCAGCGAGUCGGAGCCCAGCAUGCACAGGGUCGAGAGGAGAGACUUCACGAACUAGAGCAGAAGAGAAAAGGAACGCUCACCUGAACACACUCAUGACAAUACAAAUACAGUGGGGUCCAAAAGUCUGAGACCCCUAGUACUUCUAUUUUGCAUUCUCUUCUAGUGUCAUUUAAAAUGUAUUAUCUACAUAACAAUUUGGUUGAAAAGUUACAUUGAAAAAUGUACGUGAAUUUCUUAGUAUUUGGUAUGUUGACAGCACUCGAGCUGAGAUGGAUUCCACAAGUUUGUGCAAAACAUGAUGAUCCAUGUUAUGCAAGCAUGAUUUAACAAUGUUCCAAAGAGCAUCUUGUGUGCAAAGGAGUUAACAAUGUCACAAAUUUGCUUACAUUUCAGUAGUGUUCUAGAAAUAGUGCAAAAAAAAAAAAAAAAUUCUUCUUUAUUUUACAUAAUAACUUUUCUCUGUUACAUUUUUUCAAAGUCCUAAAGGUUUGUUUCUAGGUUUACAGUGGCAAGAAAAAGUAUGUGAACCAUUUGGAAGUAGUUGGCUUUCUGCAUUAAUUGGUCAUAAAAUGUGAUCUCAUCUUCAUCAAUGUCACAAGUAUAUAGUAUAGUAUACUUAAGCUGACAACACACAAACAAUUAUAAUCUUUCUCUUGAAGUCAUUCCACAGCAUCUAUUUUGGGUUAAGGUCUGGGUUCUGACUGAGCCACUCCAAAAGAUGGAUUUAAUUUUUUUGAAGCCAUUCUGUUGUAAAUUUACUUCAAUGUUUAGGGUCAUUGUCCUGCUGCAUUACUCAACUUCUACUAAGCUGGCGCACAGUCACCCUGACAUUAUCCUGUAGAAUAUCUUGAUAAACUUGGGAAUUAAUUUUUCCUUGAUGAUGUCAAGCGGUCCAGGCCCCCAUGCAUCAAAGCAGCCCCAAAUCAUGAUGCUCCCUCCACCGUACUUCACGACUGGGAUGAUGUUUUCAUGUUGGUAUGCGGUGCUCUUUUUACACCAUAAGUAGUGCUGUGUGUUCUUCCCAAACAAUUCAACCUUAGUUUCUUCAGUCCACAAAACAUUUUCCCAGUAGCGUCGUGAAGUGUCAAACUGGUCUUUGACAAACUUCAGGCGCGAAGCAAUGUUUUUGUUGGAAAGCAGCGGCUUCCUUCGCGGUGUCCUGUCAUGGACAUCAUACCUGUUUGUUUCUGUAUAGUAGACACAUGAACGGAGGUGUUAACCAGUUCCAAUGAUUUCUUUAAGUCUUUAGCUGUCACUCUGUUUUUUUUUUUUUUUUGAGCCUUCUGCAAUAUGCCCUUUGAGUCAUCUUGGCUGGACGGCCACUUCUAGGGAGAGAAGCCACAGUACUAAAUCAUCUGUCCACAGUUAGAAAUCUUUUCUAUAAAUGGAGAUGAUCAUCCAAGUUCUUAUUUGUAACCCUUUCCAGCUUUAUGCAAAGCAACAAUUUUUUAUCGUAGGUCUUCUGAGAUCUGUUUUAUUGUUUGGCAUGUUCCAUGUCAGCAGAUGCUUCUUGUGAAUAGCAAACUCAAAAUGUUUGGGCCCUUUUUAAAGUCAAAGUAUCUCUAACCCACACCUCCAAUCUCUUUUUAUUAAUUUGAUGCCAGGUUUGCCAACUCCUGACUCUAAUUAGCUUUUGUUGAUGUCAUUAUCCUAGGGGUUCACAUACAUACAACCUACACUGUGAAUGUUUGAAUGAUGUAUUCGAUAUGUACAAGAACAAUUCAAUAAUUUGUGUGUUAUUAGUUAAAACAAAUUGUAACUAAGAUGAUCAAACCAGAUUUUAAGAAAAAUGUAUACAUAAAGUAAAUUCAGGUAAUUCCAAAGGGUUCACAUACCUUUUCUUGUCACUGUAAAAAAAACAACAAAACAACAGCUUUUCAGACCUUGUAAACCCCACACACUUACCUUACAAGGAAUACAUUAAUGACUACUUGCUAUUUACUUUUGCAUUGUAUUCUAUGUGUAACUUUGUAGUAACUUGCCAUGUGUAAUAUUCGCAUGGAAUUAGAAUGUUUAUAAAUCUGAAAACAGGUACCAGACAUGAGUUCUUUGACUGUUGACAACUGUAAAUAUUUUUUUGUUAGUGACCAAUUCUGUUCUGUACAUUUACAUAUUUCAUAAGAAACAUGUUGUAUUUAUUCAAAUAUUAUUUUCUGACAUUUAUAUAUUAUAUUAUUUCGGUAGUAAUAAAAAGUUAU